AUGAAGCUCAACCUUGCGUCCACGUUGGUGGUUGCGCUCGCGACACAGAACGUCGCCGCUGACUGGUUUGGCAAAGCUGCAUACAACAAGUGGCACGAGACCGAGCUCGAGAGAUGGCUGUCUGACCACGACGUCCCAUACCCAGCUGCCGCCGACCGCAAGGACCUGGAAGAUUUGGUCAAGAACAACUGGGAAAACAACGUGGUCAAGCCCUACAACUCCUGGGAUACCAACCGCCUUCAAAGCUAUCUUGGUGCGAAGGGUCAGGAGGUGAAGAAGGGCACGGAGAAGAACAAGGACACCCUCGUCGCUCAGGUCCAGAACUACUGGCACGAGACCGCCGACCAAGCCAACGAGGCCUACCACAACGUCGCCAACUGGAUCUUCGACACCUGGACCGAGUCCCAGCUCAAGGCUUUCCUCGACAAGCACGGCAUCCCCAACCCUCAGCCACGCACUCGUGACUCCCUCCUCGCCACCGCCCGCUCCAACUACCAGUCGGUUGCCAACAAGCUUGGCGAGUCUGUCAACUACCCCGGCAACUGGCUCUACGAGCAAUGGUCCGACUCUGAGCUCAAGGCUUGGCUCGACGAACGCGGUGUCCCCGUUCCACAGCCAGGCUCUCGCGACAAGCUCAUCGCCUCUGUCCGCCGUAACGCUAAGAUCGCCUCCGACCGUGCCGCCGAACAGUACGCCUCUGCCUCGUCUUCUGCUGCCUCAGCCCAGCAGUCCCUGAGUGAUGCGCUGUUGGAGAGCUGGAGCGACAGCCAGAUCAAGGAGUGGGCAGACAAGAACGGCAUCAAGGUUCCACAGGGCAGCAAGCGCAACGAGCUCAUCGCACUCGCUCGCAAGCACUCUGCUCAGUUCGUUCAAGGCAACUCUGCCUCUUCUGCCUCCAAGUCUGCUGCCUCCGCCUACGGUGCCGCCACCUCGAGCGCCGGCAACUGGUUUGCUCAGUCGACCGACGAUGCCUACGGCAGUGCCCGCUACUACUACGAUUGGGUCGCCAACCAGCUCGGCUUCGCUUCUGCUGAUGCCUCCAAGAGCUUGAGCUCUGCCUCGUCCACCGCCAGCGUUGAGGCUUCCAAGUCCUCGGUUGCCGCCUCCAAGUCUGCCUCUUCCGCGUCCGGAGCUGCCGCUAAGUCCGCCUCCUCUGCAUCGAAACAGGCCAGCAAGAGCGCACAGAAGGGUGCUGACCAGGCCGGUGAGGCUUACAAGAAGGCCACUGACCGCAUCAAGGAGGAGUUGUAA